UGCGGCCGGCGGACGGGCGGGCGCUUCGUGGUUUGAAUGGCUGCGGGCUCGGGCCCUCAGCUCACCUGAGGACCGGCCGCCCAGGGGUGCGCUAUGCCGUCGGGAGGCGACCAGUCGCCGCCGCCCCCGCCUCCUCCUCCGGCGGCCGCAGCCUCGGAUGAGGAGGAGGAAGAUGAUGGGGAGGCGGAGGACGCCGCGCAGCCGGCCCGGUCGCCAGCGCCUCAGACCCAGCAGCGGUUCGAGGAGCUGUGCAGCCGCCUAAACAUGGACGAGGCGGCGCGGGCCGAGGCCUGGGACAGCUACCGCAACAUGAGCGAGAGCUACACUCUGGAGGGAAAUGAUCUUCACUGGUUAGCAUGUGCCUUAUAUGUGGCUUGCAGAAAAUCUGUGCCAACUGUAAGCAAAGGGACAGUUGAAGGAAACUAUGUAUCUUUAACUAGAAUCCUGCGAUGUUCAGAGCAGAGCUUAAUUGAAUUUUUUAACAAGAUGAAGAAGUGGGAAGACAUGGCAAAUCUACCCCCACAUUUCAGAGAACGUACUGAGAGAUUAGAAAGAAACUUCACUGUUUCAGCGGUAAUUUUUAAGAAAUAUGAACCCAUUUUUCAGGACAUUUUUAAAUAUCCUCAAGAGGAGCAGCCUCGUCAACAGAGAGGAAGAAAACAGCGGCGACAGCCCUGUACCGUGUCGGAGGUUUUCCAUUUUUGUUGGGUGCUCUUUAUAUACGCAAAAGGUAAUUUCCCCAUGAUUAGUGAUGAUUUGGUCAAUUCUUACCAUCUUCUGCUGUGUGCUUUGGACUUGGUCUAUGGAAAUGCCCUUCAGUGUUCCAAUCGUAAAGAACUGGUGAACCCUAAUUUUAAAGGCCUGUCUGAAGAUUUUCAUGCUAAGGAUUCUAAACCUUCCUCUGAUCCACCUUGUGUCAUUGAGAAACUCUGUUCCUUACAUGAUGGCCUAGUUUUGGAAGCAAAGGGAAUAAAAGAACACUUCUGGAAACCCUACAUUAGGAAACUUUAUGAAAAAAAGCUCCUUAAGGGAAAAGAAGAAAAUCUUACGGGGUUUUUAGAACCUGGGAAUUUUGGAGAGAGUUUUAAAGCCAUCAAUAAGGCCUAUGAGGAGUAUGUUUUAUCUGUUGGGAAUUUAGAUGAAAGGAUAUUUCUUGGAGAGGAUGCUGAAGAGGAAAUUGGGACUCUCUCCAGGUGUCUGAAUUCUGGUUCAGGAACAGAGACUGCUGAAAGGGUGCAGAUGAAAAACAUCUUGCAGCAGCACUUCGACAAGUCUAAAGCACUUAGAAUCUCCACACCACUUACCGGUGUGAGGUACGUGAAGGAUAACAGCCCUUGUGUGACCCCAGUGUCUACGGCCACACACAGCUUGAGCCGUCUUCACACCAUGCUAACAGGCCUCAGGAAUGCACCAAGUGAGAAACUGGAACAGAUUCUAAGGACAUGUUCCAGAGAUCCAACACAGGCCAUUGCCAACAGAUUGAAAGAAAUGUAUGAAAUAUAUUCUCAGCAUUGCCAGCCAGAUGAGGAUUUCAGUAGUUCUAAAGAAAUUGCCAGCAAACAUUUUCGUUUUGCAGAGAUGCUUUACUAUAAAGUACUAGAAUCUGUUAUUGAACAGGAACAGAAAAGACUGGGAGACAUGGAUUUAUCUGGCAUUCUGGAGCAAGAUGCAUUCCAUAGAUCGCUUUUGGCCUGCUGUCUUGAGGUCGUUACUUUUUCUUACAAGCCUCCUGGGAAUUUUCCAUUUAUUACUGAAAUAUUUGAUGUGCCACUUUAUCAUUUUUAUAAGGUGAUAGAAGUAUUCAUUAGAGCAGAAGAUGGUCUUUGUAGAGAGGUGGUAAAACACCUUAAUCAGAUUGAAGAACAGAUCUUGGAUCAUUUGGCAUGGAAACCAGAGUCUCCACUCUGGGACAGAAUUAGAGACAAUGAAAAUAGAGUUCCUACUUGUGAAGAGGUUAUGCCACCUCAGAAUCUGGAAAGAGCCGGUGAUAUUUGUAUUGCUGGCUCUCCUUUGACUCCCAGAAGGGUGACUGAAGUUCGUGCUGAUACUGGAGGACUUGGAAGAAGCAUAACAUCUCCAGCCACAUUAUAUGACAGAUACAGCUCCCCAACAGCCAGCUCUACCAGAAGGCGUCUAUUCGUUGAGAACGAUAGCCCCUCUGAUGGAGGGACACCUGGGCGCAUUCCCCCCCAACCCCUAGUCAAUGCUGUCCCUGUGCAGAAUGUAUCUGGGGAUGCCGUUUCUGUCACACCAGUUCCUGGACAGACUUUGGUCACCAUGGCAACAGCCACUGUCACGGCCAACAAUGGACAAACAGUGACCAUUCCUGUACAAGGUAUUGCGAAUGAAAAUGGAGGGAUAACAUUCUUCCCAGUCCAGGUCAACGUGGGAGGGCAGGCACAAGCUGUGACUGGCUCCAUCCAGCCCCUGAGUGCUCAGGCCCUGGCUGGAAGUUUGAGCUCUCAACAGGUGACAGGAGCAACGUUGCAAGUCCCUGGUCAGGUGGCCAUUCAACAGAUUUCCCCAGGUGGACACCAGCAGAAACAAGGCCCACCUUCAACUGGCAGCAGUAUUAGACCAAGGAAGACCAGCUCUUUAUCUCUUUUCUUUAGAAAGGUUUACCACUUGGCAGGUGUCCGCCUUCGGGAUCUUUGUGCUAAACUGGAUAUUUCAGAUGAACUGAGGAAAAAAAUCUGGACCUGUUUUGAAUUCUCCAUAAUUCAGUGUCCUGAACUUAUGAUGGACCGACAUCUGGACCAGUUGUUGAUGUGUGCCAUUUAUGUGAUGGCAAAGGUCACAAAAGAAGACAAGUCCUUCCAGAAUAUUAUGCGUUGUUAUAGGACUCAGCCACAGGCCCGGAGCCAGGUGUACAGAAGUGUUCUGAUCAAAGGAAAAAGGAAAAGAAGAAAUUCUGGCAGCAGCGAUAGCCGAAGCCAUCAGAACUCUCCAGCAGAACUAAACAAAGACCGAACCAGCAGAGACUCCAGCCCCGUCAUGAGGUCCAACAGCACCUUGCCGGUUCCACAGCCUAGCAGUGCCCCUCCUACACCCACUCGUCUCACCGGGGCCAACAGUGAUAUGGAAGAGGAGGAGAGGGGAGACCUCAUUCAGUUCUACAACAAUAUCUACAUAAAGCAGAUUAAAACAUUUGCCAUGAAGUACUCACAGGCAAACGUAAUGGAUGCUCCUCCACUCUCUCCCUAUCCAUUUGUAAGGACAGGUUCUCCUCGCCGGAUACAGCUGUCUCAGAAUCAUCCGGUCUACAUUUCUCCACAUAAAAAUGAAACAGUGCUUUCUCCUCGAGAAAAGAUUUUCUACUACUUCAGCAACAGUCCUUCAAAGUGAUAUUGCCAGUGGGAUCGUGAAAGCUGGAAACAUAAAUCAUCAAUAGCCCCAAAAGCAACUGGAACAGAUGACAUAGCUCAGAGAUCCUGCAGGUGCAGGUCCAGACCACUAGAGUGAAGGCAGUUAAAUGAAUUUUUUUAUUUCCCAGUGCAUAUAAAAGUUAUGUUUAUACUAUACUGUUGUCUGUUAAUGUGCAUUAUAUCUAAAAAAACUGUUCAUACCUUAAUUAAAAAAAUAUGCUAACCAUUUCUCUGAGCUUUCAGUGACUCUUAAUCACCAAAGAUCACCCUGACAGAUAUUAUGAAAAACUUUGAAAUCUUGAGAGAAUUACCAAAAUUUCAUACAAAGACACAAAGCAAACCCCACUGGAAAAUGUCACUGAUACACUUGCUUGAUGCAGGAGCCACCACAAAAAAAAAAAAAAAAAAAAAAA